GGAAUGGGACCUUAAUUAGUAUCAUCGGUAACACCUGCGUUUACUCAUGUCAAAAUGUCUGCUGUGAAAAAAGGUCCAUUAAAGAGCACUCUGGAGUCGGCUUCCUAAGGAGAACGGGACAUUUGUAGGAGUUAACUUACCCCAGAAGAUGGCAGUAGGAUGGCAGCUGCCGCUACAGCUGAAAGAAAAGGAAGAAGAGAGUGACGUACUUCCUGUAGCUCAGAUGCCGCCGGGUUGUGUUCGUGUUGUCGGGGAAUAAAAGAGUCAUACUUCAACCUAUAUUGCUGACGACAGGCAACGCCAAAAGCGUGUAAGCCAACCCGGGAACACAGCGACAGUAAAGUACCGAGUGACUCGUUCAACUUUGUUCGCCUAAAAGCUCAUUGGUGUUUCCGAAGAUCCCGUUAUGGCCAAGGUACAAGUGUUGAAUGUUGCUGUGCUUGACAACCCGAGCCCGUUUGGAAAUCCCUUUCAGUUUGAAAUAACGUUUGAAUGCAUGGAGGAUUUGCCAGAAGAUCUGGAGUGGAAGAUCAUCUAUGUGGGUUCAGCCGAGAGCGAGGAAUAUGACCAGGUUCUGGACUCUGUUCUAGUUGGCCCGGUACCAGCUGGCAGACACAUGUUUGUGUUUCAGGCUGAUGCUCCUAACACAGGACUGAUUCCAGAGAGUGACGCUGUAGGAGUGACUGUAGUCCUUAUAACCUGCACCUACCGUGGACAGGAGUUCAUCCGCAUUGGUUACUAUGUCAACAACGAAUACACAGACCCAGAACUACGGGAAAAUCCACCUCUCAAACCAGACUACACUCAGCUCCAGAGGAAUAUUUUGGCUUCCAAUCCCCGUGUCACCCGCUUCCAUAUCAACUGGGAGGGCUUGGCAGACAAGCUGGAGGACAGCGAGAACGUUGACCCAUCCCCCAACAUCAGCGGCAUGCUCCCUCCAUCCUGUAUACCAGGGAAGAUGCCACCGCUUGGACUGAUGCCAGACAACUCCAUGGACUGCAUGUAAGAGUCAUCAGAUUAAGAUAAUGGACAAGAAGUUCCUCUUAUCUGUACACUCAUUACAGACACACUUUUGGACAAGGAGGCAGUGGAUCGAUCUACAUAACAGGAAGCAGGGACAUUUUUCUACAGCAUACGCAAAUGGGAUGUGGAAUUGUUACAAACUGUUUUUUCGUUCUUGUUCACUCUUUUUCAAAACACACACACAGGUCUGCACAACCAAAAUUGCCUUAAUUUACCGUAUCUCUGUCUUGGUGAUGAUGUCAAAGCUGAGCUAAGUUUGAGUCUUCAGGGUGAGGCGAUCUUAAGACCUGAUCAUCAUAUCCUCUCAACCCUGCAAAUCAUACUCAAACACUGAUGUUUAUUACCCAUACUUUGCCAUUUAAACUGUCCCCUUAAGCACAGAUUAAGCUAUGUGCAGUGCUCUGUCAGUCAGAAUAGAUGUGGCCUCUUAUGUAAGCUUUUCAUUGUUCUGAAGGUUUGUCUCACCCAAUGUAAAUUCGGAGUACCUGUGGAAAAUAUGGGCCACGUUCAGAGGCCUACAGAGGAGUACAAGCUUGUGCUUGCAAGUUUUACCCUUGUGUUAUCCAUAUAACUCGAUAAAUAUGCUUCUUCAAACAGGCCCCAGUUGGAUAAUGUUCCCUAAAAAUAUUACAUAAGAUGUGGGUUUGUGAUAAUGCUAAUGCUAUAAUGGAUGCCAUUUUGCAGUCAAGUUGUUUGGGUGAUUUAAGCAUACUGUAAAUAAAGAUUUUCCAGCGCUUAUUUUGUCUUCGAGAUGAGAAGACCUUUUUGUACUUCCUAUGUAUUCUCUGCCUCAGUAUUUGUAACAACAGCAAUGGGGUUAAUAAAGUUUGUUUUGUGAA